AUGGCCAUGAUUUCAAGUUUGGCCUUUCAACACGUCUCUGCGCCCCAAGAGCAGCGGGCGCCGUAUCCCCGACUGGUGGGCACUGUGCCCAGAGCUUCUGGCGCAUCUGGCACAGCUAGGUCCUCUGGGGCAUCGGCAACUGCUGCAGUUCUGGCAGCACCACUGGCCCUUCGAAAGGCCCGGCGAAAGGCCAAGCUUCACGAGCUCCACGCUGCUUCCUCAGAGCUCAGGGAACUCGCCAAAGCGAAUUUGUUGAACAACUAUGGAGAGAGGCAGAUGAUCUUCCAAGAAGGACAAGGUCAUAUGCUCCAGGACAACGAUGGAGAGUCGUAUUUGGACUUCACCGCGGGCAUUGCAGUGAAUUGCUUAGGCCACAGCGACCCAGGUUGGGCUGAGACAGUCGCGAAGCAAGCUGGAAGGCUGUGUCACACGUCCAACCUCUAUUUGAAUGAGGAGCAGAUUCGAUUGGGCCAAAGGUUGGUGGAGCUCUCUUUCGCUGACAAGGCCUUCUUUUGCAACUCCGGCACCGAAGCCAACGAGGCAGCCAUCAAGUUCGCGCGGAAAUAUCACUUCUCUCGAGGUGAGCCCCGCAGCAAACUCAUUGCCUUUGAGAAUGCUUUCCAUGGGCGCACCAUGGGUGCACUGGCGCUUACUUGGAAGGAGGGGUACAAAAAACCCUUUGAACCUUUGAUGCCUUCAGCGGAAUUUCUGAAAUACAACGAGACAGAUGGCCUCGAAGCGAUUGAUGAGAACACCUGUGCUGUGUUCGUGGAGCCCAUUCAGGGCGAAGGUGGCGUGGUGCCUGGGUCCCAGGACUUCAUGUCAGCGCUGCGGAAGCGUUGCGACGAGACCGGCACACUGCUGAUCUUCGACGAGGUGCAAUGCGGCCUGGGGCGAAGUGGUCAACUCUUCGCUUACGAAAUUUCUGGCGUGACACCGGAUUUGAUGACCUUGGCCAAGCCCCUUGCGGGAGGAUUGCCCAUUGGCGCUGUGCUCCUCACAGAGGCUGUGGCUUCCUGCAUCUCGCCUGGGGACCACGGCAGUACCUUCGCAGGCGCUCCGUUGGUGUCCGCUGCUGCCCGCUAUGUGCUCGAGCGUGUUAGCGCCCCCGCUUUCUUGGAGAGCGUGAGAACCUCUGGCGCUCAUCUGAAAGCAGGCCUUGAGAAGAUCAGUGAACCUCGAGGUUUGAAGGUCCGCGGUACUGGUUUGCUCUUGGGUGUUGUGUUUCCCACCGCAGAGCAAUGCGGAGCAGUUCAGAAAGCAGCCGCUGAGGAGAAGUUGUUGGUCUUGACUGCUGGUGCUGGCAACAUCCUGCGUAUCGCUCCUGCCUUGACGGUGACAGAGAAGGAUGUGGAUGAAGCCUUGGAGAGGCUUGCCAAAGCAAUGGAAGUGGGAGCUUUGCAGUUUUGUCAUGGUGGUGUUGCGGUUUUGUCAUGUUUUGUCAUGAAAAGACACCUUGCCAAACUGGCGGAGCCCAUAGCCCUGCUGGUCUGUACAGAGAGCACAUCCAGCGACAUGCGCGAGGAAAAGGAUGCUCG